AUGGAGUCUCCACAUAAACCGAAAGCUCUGUCAACAAACCUCUUCUUCCUCUUCCUUCUCCUCUCCACCAACCUCAUCACUCUCUUCCUCUCCGCCACCUUCUACUCAUCCUCCUCCUGCUCCCUCUCCUCCGCCGCCAUCACUCUCAUCCCUUCCUCCGGUAGAGACUCAUCUUCAACCCCGCCACAACCGCUUCGCACCACCCAAUCAAUCGCUUCCACCGAUGAGGAGGAAGAUCUUCCGGCGGAGUUCAUCGCCUUCACCUCCGGCCAGGUCCUGCCCUUCGGCUUCAACACCAACUUCGACUCGGACAAGAUCUACCCGCCGGUGGGGAGCUCGUGCAGCCGGUUCCCGGAGGAGCUCCGGCGGUUCAUGUCGUACGAAGUCAACGGGUCGUGCCCCGACGACGAGCUGCUCGCCCAGAAGCUGCUCCUGAAAGGGUGCGAGCCGCUGCCACGGCGGAGGUGCCGCCCCGCCACCCAGAACCACUGCGUGGAGCCGUACCCGCUGCCGGAGUCGCAGUGGAAGACUCCGCCCGACUCCUCCGUCGUCUGGACGGCCUACACUUGCAAAAACUACCAGUGUCUCAUAGACAGGUACAUAAAGCAAAAGGGGUUCGACGAUUGCAAGGACUGCUUCGACCUGAACGGCCGGGAGAGGAGCCGGUGGUCGUCCAGCAAGACCGCCCCGGCCGGCAGCCUCGACUUCACCAUCGACGAGGUCCUCUCCCUCCGCGCCCCGGGCACCGUCCGGAUCGGCCUCGACAUCGGCGGCGGCGUGGCCACGUUCGCCGUCCGGAUGAAGGAGCGCAACGUGACCGUCGUCACCACGUCCAUGAACCUCAACGGGCCCUUCAACAACUUCAUCGCGUCGCGCGGGGUGAUCCCCAUGUACGUCAGCAUCUCGCAGCGGCUUCCUUUCUUCGACAACACCAUGGACAUCGUCCACUCCAUGCACGUGCUCAGCAACUGGAUCCCCACCACGCUGCUCCACUUCCUCGUCUUCGACGUCUACCGGGUGCUCCGGCCCGGCGGGAUCUUCUGGCUCGACCACUUCUUCUGCGUCGGGGACGAGCUCAGGGACGUGUACGGCCCGCUCAUCCGCAGCGUUGGGUUCAGGAAGGUGAAGUGGGUGGUUGGGAGGAAGCUUGACCGCGGGGAGGAGCUCAGGGAGAUGUACCUCUCUGCUCUGCUUGAGAAGCCCUUGGACAACUCUUGGUGA